CCUCCGCACUCACAGUCGCGUCCAGUGCCAGUGCUGCUCCAAACAGCGUCUCUCUUUGUUCCUGUUUAACGCCCGUUAAUUCAUCGAUAUUUGCGCUGUAAACAUUCUUAAACUGCCGAAUAUUUACACCUUUUAACGUUGUGUGUUUGACUUGCAGCGUAACGCUUGCUGUUGAGUGGAUUCCGGUGUAUUCCAGUUUGAUCUUUGGGAGCUUUUCUUUCAUGGUUCUGCUGAAUCUAGUGUUAAUCAAUCGUUGAUUUACUUAGCGGGUUAUAUACAUUUUAUUCGGGUGGAAGUGGCGUCCAUAGUCGCGUAAAAUAUAACGAAAGAGUGAUAGAUAUUUUUUGGAAGUGAAAAAAACGUGAACUCGAAAAUGCUUGGCAACAGACUAAAAAACAUUAUUUGAGAAAAGAAGACGAUCGUGAUCGAUACGAGUGACGUGGUAUUGUGGGACACUAACUAGAGUGGCUUGCUGGAAAUUUUAUUGACCUGACUUGUACACACUGAGUUGGGUGCUCAUCAUGGAUUCGAUGACAAGUGUGCACAGCAGCCAACUGGGGGUGAACUCCACCACCCUAGCCCCCAUAAAACUGGAGCAUUUAGGAGGGGGCUUAUCCGAGUCACUUUAUGACUUGGUCCCGAACAGUCACCCCCACCACCACCACAACCUCCUCAACACCCAGAGCUCCAGCCUCGCAUCCCUAUCUAACCCCGCCGACAGCACCCAUCACCCCGGGGCGGGGUUACCGUCCCCCAGGGAGACAGAAGGCGUCAUGACAGGUCAAGGGGUGCCGUCAGUGCCCACGGGGCGCCUCACGGUCCUCACGGGCACCUCAAGACAGCACGAGUCUGUACAAGCACCUUCACCUUCCCGGGGGCACCUUCUCUAGAAAUAGGUACCCCGACCUCAGCGCCAGAGAGGAGAUUUCGCUGUGGCUGAGUCUCAAGGAAGCUCAAGUCAGGAUAUGGUUCAAAAACCGGCGCGCGAAGUGGCGCAAGAGGGAGCGCCACGUGCUGACGUCAGGCAUGCCGGGGGACCUGAAGGGAGGAUGGGGGGCACAACUGAACGGCUUCACAUGGGAUGAUGGUUUGUACUCAGGCUACUCCACCUACAACAACUGGGCUAAAGUUACCCCGCCAGCCAUCGCCGCCAAGAACCUGCCCUGGGGCUUCAACAGCGUCAACAUGAACCCGUUGAUUAGUCAACAACAUUCUGCGAUGACGCCCAUCAACUGCUUCCAGACUGCGGGCCAGACCGCUUCCAGCGGCAUCAUGCCCACGUCCAUGUCGUCUACCCUGGGCAGCUGUGGGACCCCCUGCCCAUAUCCUGCACCCACUUCUCCCUACAUGUACCGGGACCAGCCUGGGGCCAUGUCUUCCUCAAUUGCGUCCCUAAGGCUCAGGGCCAAGUCCCAUUCCCCAGCAUUCACAUACUCGACAGCGGGUCCAGACUCUCGCUCUUCUUCUGUCGUGGACAACACAAGCUCUUUCUUCCCGGCCUCCACCCCUUCUUCGGAUAAAUUUUCAUGUAUGAAUAGCGUAAUAGCGUAACUUUUUUGAUUCCCGAGGCUCCUCUUCCAAUGGUACGGAUUCUCAAGAACUGUGACGGCGUCCGUAAGUCCGAAAUCGUUUAGCUUGGGUCUCUCUUUUGAUAUUGGUAUGCAUAGUUUGUCUUUGAACUUUGAUUGACUCAAAGUUUAAAAUGUUAGAAAUUUUUGUGAGCUUCUUGUUCCUAAGUGUGAUUCUUGAAAUAAUUACGACAUCGUAAUUCCCAUUCAACCAAUCACUAAAAACUUCUCGGGCUGAAUUCGCUAAUCUCAAAAAGGAAAACCCUAAUUUACGACGAACGCAGCGCUUACGAUCGCCUUUGAAUCGUGUAUGAAAGUCCAGCCCCUGGUCUCUUGGCUUCGCUGUACACACGUUGUUGUUCUCGCUUUAUUUCAUAUAUUAUUUGAUUGAUCAUCCCAGUACUCACUCUAUUUUAUUAAUAAUCGGCCGCUGGCAGUGAUUCAAGGAAGACAUGAAUAGUUCAGAAUAAAUAUUCUAUAUAAUUAGCAUCACGAAGUCGUGUGUUUUGAUUUCAUUUUCAUAAGAAAAAUAUCCAUGAACUUCAGCAAUGGUCACAAGUUUUGAAACAUCAGUCGGGACAGUUUUCCCAACUCAUGUGAAUAAGUCAUCAACUAAAAACCUAAGUGUAGUUUAUACGCGAUACUAUUGAAAGUCAUUCAUUAGUGCACAUAUUUCAUCCAUGGAUUAGUAAAUGUUAAUCUUACAAGACGCUUCUAGCCGUCACAUUCAUGUGCAAACUCAUUCAUCGCGCUGCUUAGAUUUUGAAAUAAAAUGUAAAUAAUUUCGGAGCGCAAAGUGAAUCAAUGAGUAAAUAUAAGUGUAUUAUACCCGAUGUGUUAUGCCUCUACUUUAGCUCUUAGUUCGCAUCAUGCUAGUUUUUUGAUUAAAUAACUCGUGUUGUACAGAUUAUUUAUUCCUAUCAGGCAUUUGAAGUUGAAGUAACGUUGAUUUAGCGUCUAUGUUUCAACGAUAUCAACUCGUAAUCAACGUUGUUUCCGCGUCGUUUACCUGCUAGGAUUAACACUAGAGCAGACGACCGAUGUGCGGGCGAUUAAAUCGUCUGAGAUGAAACUCUGGUGCUAUGAGUCAGUAUUGAGCGCUUUAAUGGUGCAUUAAUAAUAAAGAAUUUGAAUGAGAGUUAAUGGACUUUUGAUACCCUGAUCGAAAUUAUGAUAAUUUUUAUAUCUUGAACUCUUCAAUUAGCAGAAGAAGGUAUGGGCUAAAAAUUAAACCUCUCCAAAAAUUAUUGAUAAACGUUUUAAAUUGUUACCGCUCUUAUGAAUGGAACCGGUUAAGGUUGAUAUAAUUUAGUUAAAAUUGGGCGUCUUUGAAAAGUUGUUGCUUUCGUUUAAAUAGUAAUAAAAAACGACAUAUAAAAAUGAUAUAAGUAUUGCGUAUUCCGAUAAAUGAUUAAUGUCCUUUUAUUAGUUAGUAAUGGCGUCAAGAGUGCAUGGGUAUAGUAAAAACGCGCCAAAAUCACUCGGUUAUUGAAUGGUAUGUAAACUAUCAUGUUAUUUUAGGCUCACUUCGUUGUGCUGCAGCAGGAAAAAUCUUCUUUCUUCAGAGAUCGAAUGAAUAUCAAUUACCGCUCGUAUUUGUUUGAGUUAAACGCGGCUCAAAAUAGUGUAAAUGAAUCGAGAUUUAGGUAAUCUGUUCGCGCAUGAAAUUUAAUGAAAUUCUAUAUAAUUUUGUACUUAUUUCUUUUAUUCGUUAUUGCUCUCAAACCCAUGAAAACGCACAAAAAAUUCUUGCAUAUAAAAUAAUCAAUUUUUAAUGAAAGAAGUGCAUGAUUAGCAGUCGAUAGCAAGGCUUUCGGGGUUUUAAAGCCAAAACCAUGGUUUGAAAACCAUAGAAUAAGGGGGAAGACUUGCUAACUCUCGUGUUAUUCAUUUUAAUAUAAUCCUAAAUCCUGUAACGAACCAAAUCUCGAAAUUAUCUUCUACAGGCAUAAUGUUCAAAGUUUGAAGUUUUGUAGAACUUUGAAGCAAUUAGCAGUGCUACUAUAUAUGCCGUCAGGUAACUGACUUAUGAUUAAAUUGUAGUGAAACAACUGAUUAUUAAGAUUUACCAAGCAAGCUUUUUUUCUAUUUUGUUGAUUUUAUUGUAAACUUUUAUAAAAAAUUUAAGCUUUGAAACUGAUUGGAAUUAAAUCAGCCACUAUGUUAUUACGGUGAACAAUAAAUCAAAGGUAGCCAUCGAUAUUAUGACUUCCAUUGCGUCACGGGAGUCACAGCCACGAAAGUCAUAAGUCGGAAAUUUUAUUUUUUUUCGCAAAAAUUAACCCAUACGGUCCAUUCGCGCCAAACGUGAUGUUAAUAACGAGCUCAAAAAUUCCGAAAGCAGUGAUUUCAAUACCGUGUUGAGAGUGAAAAUAACUUAUACCGGCGACAAAUAAUUGAAUUAAUUAUUAGUGAAGCAGUAUGAAAUGUUAAAUUAUUACCAAUGUUUGAAAUUGCAAUAUUCAAUAAUUAUAAUUCUGAGCUUAAUAUUCGUAAUCCUUUGGGCCGCCGGUGCAUGCUGACAAUACUGAAGUAGGAUAUGCACAGAGGAGGAUAUAAAGGAUAUAUUCGCCAUCCUCUUGCUAACUCAAGAGGAUAACGAAUAAGUCAUAUCGAAUUAUUAACUAGCCAUUAAUUUAUUGCUACAGCUACAACUUUCAUAUUUUCUUUACAAAUAUAGGCUUUCAUUUCUAGUAUACAUUGAAUUGCCGAUUUGUCAGAGAAAUCAUUAUAAAAGACUCCCUUACCCAUGCAGAGUAUGAAGCGUAUUUCAUGUACAUAUAUUCAAUGUAAAAACGGGUCUCUUUCUUUCUGAAAUAACCUCUGCCUAAGGCCCAUAUUAUUCUACAAGUGCCAAAGGAUAACUUUUCUUACAACUGUACAGUUGUCUUGACUUAUUUAAGGGUUUGAAUAAUAUGUUCAUUCUUACAAUUAAAUAUAAAAACUGUACAAACUGAAACUGGUGAUGUCAAUGUUGGGUUAUAGAUCUAUCUUUCUGUUUAUUGUACAACAUAGGCAGGUUGCGAACGUUGCCAAGUUGCUCACAUGUGGCACAUGUGGCACACGUUGCUAUGUGGCUCCACUGACUAUACAUUGUACAGUAAGGACGGCUACAACGUUGCAAAGCUGCUCCUGCAUUCCCACUGACUGUACAGUGUGGUAGGCUGCGACGUUGCAAAGUUGCUCCUGCCUUGGCACUGACUGUACAGUAGGGCAGGUUGUAGCGUUGCAAAGUUGCUCUUUCCUCACCGCUGACUGUACAAAAAGGCAGGCUGCUACGUUGCAAGGUUGCUCAUUUCUUGCCGUUGACUGUACAGUAAAGCAGGCUGCGACGUUGCAAAGUAGCGCAUUUCUUGCCGUUGACUGUACAGUAAAGCAGGCUGCUACGUUGAAAAGUUACUAGCUCACGUCUUGCCAUUGCCGGUAGAGACGUGAGACAUUGCCAUGGCGCCAGUCGUGACGCUUUUCUUGUCAUUUUAACUUAUUUUUCGUAAAGGUCGCCCAACCUUUAACCUGUGCGUGGGUGCUGAUCAUUAUUUGUCUCUGAUUUUUAGUAGUGAAGUUGUCUGUAAAAGUCUUCCUCGCUGAGAAGGCUUCAGUCUCCUUCUGUGGAGGUCUGUAAUGAAUUCACAACAAAUCUCUUCCAUUG